GCAUUUCUUGGAGUUGCUCGAGUUAUUUCCCUUCCUUGAGAAAAGAUGAUGUUAGUUUUGGGACUUCUUUUCUAUCAGCUGAUGAUUAUGACAGAGGCUUUCUGCAGUCCAAAACUUGAUAAUGGGCUUAUGGAAGAUCUUCUAAGUAUGCUUAUAAGAUUCAAGGGAUCAGGUUAUAGACAUGCUCCAAGAAAACUUAGGGACAUUCCUGCCUUUACUGCAUCUUUAUCAGCUCCAAAGAGUGUUGGAGGAAAUGAAAUUUUAAAGUUUGAUAAAGUUUGGACCAAUAAUGGAAAUCAUUAUGAUCCCAGCACUGGAGUAUUCCAAGCUCCAAUAGAAGGACUGUACCAAGUGUCUGCUACAGUCAUGUCAGUUAAUGGGAAAAAUGUCUUGGCUAAGCUAUGGCAGAACGAAACAAAGAUGGUUGGAUUGUACCCUGGUACCGGUUAUAGUGAGGCCACUGUUAAUAUGGUGUUACAUCUGAAGAAGGGAGACAAGGUUACAGUCAGAGGUAUUAAUGGUGACCUUCAUAGCAGUAGUCAUUACUACAGUACAUUCUCUGCUUAUCUUAUUUCAUAAUAAAUUAUUUUAUAAAAGCAACAAGAA